CAGUCGAGUGAGCCCCACAGUUAUGUCACAGCCAGCCCCUGUGAAAAAGAAGCGUCCUCCAGUGAAGGAAGAAGACCUCAAAGGAGCCAGAGGAAACCUUUCUAAAAACCAGGAAAUAAAAUCCAAAACCUACCAAGUGAUGAAGCAGUGUGAACAAAUGGGCUCUGCAGCACCUUCCAUAUUCAGCCGAGAUCGGACAGGAGGUGAAACAGUCUUUGAGAAGCCUAAAGAAGAGCCAGCCAAGAGCGUCUUUGGCUGACUCUGCAGCUGGAUGUGUCUCACCCAGAUAAUUGUCGUAACGUUUUCCCAGAUUUCUGCCCCUUACGCUAAACUCACUGUAG